GCACAGCCACUGUUGACUCUUCCCUCGAACUCGAACUCCAACGUAGGUACCUCGGUGACAGUCCCUUACUACACGGGGCAGUAUAAUGGUGGAGGUGGCGGCAGCGGGUUGGGAAGACGAGUUAGUCACCUGGAGGAGAUCGUCGGGAAGAUCAAUUCGAAGCACGAAGCACGAAGCUGACGAAGGAAGAGAGAAAAGUCAAUGUGAGGAAGAAGAAAGGAGGAAGCGUGAGAAGGAAGAAGAAGAUAGGAGGCAGCGCGAUAAGAAGGAGCGGGAAGACUUCCAAGCGCAAAUGCAUAAGGAGAUGUCCGCAAAAUUGGACCGCGUGUGUGAUGCUGUUAACGGUAAGAAAGCUAGCGAUUCCGAAGAAGUUAUGAAGUUGAAGGCGCAGGUGGAGGCACUUACUCUGCAACAUCGUGAGUCAACGGCGGGUGAAAAGAAAAGCGGGGAGGCUGAGGAAGUCGCUCGGCUGAAACUGGAGGUCGAGUCCCUCAAACGAGGCCGUGAUGUGGCUAGUACAUCCGCCACAGUCACGACAGGCGAAUCGGAGGAAGUCAGUCGCCUUCGGAGGGAAUAUGCUGAUAUGAGGGCUGUUACUGACUGGAGGCUCGCAUCGCUGGAGGAGGUUAUUCAUGCACUCCAGAAGCAGUGUGAGGCGGCGGAGAACAAUGUUGAGGCGUGGAGAUUGGAAGCGCUCCGACCGGGCAACAAACGUGGGAGCGUUGCCAUUGGCCAGUGCCCGAUAACAGAGGCCAGGGUCAGACCGCGUGUUACCCUGUAUGAGAUUCCCCGAGCAGUGAGCAGAGUGAAUGGACAGCUGAAGGCCAUCGUGGAAAGACACCAGCAAGAAGUUGACUUACUCAAGGAAAUGAGAUUAAAGGAGGUCAACGCAAGAAAGGAAUCGGAAGAGGAGGUCGAGCGCCUGAAGGAGGCGAUGGCUCGAUUGGGUACCAGUAGAAAGACGAAGGGUACAAAUCUGCGCACCCGUUUGGAUGAGGUGGCUGGUCCUAGCUCUCGUAAAGACAAGGGGAAGGCUCCAGCGAGUCCAGACACGCAAGCGGUGGACAGAGAUGUGCUCCUCAAGAAUGCGAGGAGACAACUCCGAAACUUGAAGAAAGAUGAUGUGGUUGCAUUUUGUGAGAAAGAGGGUAUUACGUAUACAAAACUGGAUCUGACUAAGGAGGCCAUCGCUCAACGACGGGCUGGCAGGGCGUUUGGUGAUGAUGACACAGUCACGCAGGUAAGGGUAAGAAAAAUGACGAAGUGGUUGAUGUCACCGAUGACGGGGGUGAUGAUGACCUGAGCAAGAGCCACGGGCGUGACGCCGCUUUCUCUUAGGGUCACGCCCAGACGCGUCUCGACUAUGGCAUAUUGUUAGA